AUGGCGGAGAUGAUUGAAAGUGAAUCAGCUGAGACAUUAUUAUCUAUAAAAAAUGGAGGAUAUCCAUCAAUCGAUGAAAUUAAAACUGAAGUAAUCGAUGAUGAUACAAUGGACAUGGAUGAUCAACAAAUUUCAAACAAUUCAACAGAUUCACACAUGGACACAGAAGAAUCUGAUCCAAUUCCUGAACUUGGCCCUGCAGCUUUAGGUUUACAAAGAGUAGGUACUCAACCUCCUCCAAAACCAAAUCCUCCUAGUCAACCAGUUCAAGUUUUAAAUCGAAGAGGGAUGCCAGCAAGAAUUAGAAAAAAAAUAUUAUUUUAUGAUGAUAUAUUGGUUAAUCAUCCUCAUCACAGGAUCAAAAAGGAUCCGUCGCAUCCAGAUGCAAAACAUUCUCCUAAAAAAGUAUCUAGACCUUCUCCUGCAAAAAAACAAACUAAAAUAACUAAUGAGCCAAGAAAAAAUAAUAAUAUAUUAAGUCAACCUAUAUCAUCUACAAUGACCCCAAUUAAACAAGAGAAAGAACCUGAUAAACCAAUGCAACCUUCUUCUCCGGAUCGUAAAAUUGGACAAAAGAUUGGUAUGAGAUUAAGAAAUUUAUUGAAAUUACCAAAAGCUCACAAAUGGGUUUGUUACGAGUGGUUUUAUAGUAACAUUGAUAAGACUCUUUUUGAAGGUGACAAUGAUUUUAUGAUUUGUUUGAAAGAAUCGUUUCCACAAUUAAAAACUCGGAAAUUAACACGUGUUGAAUGGUGCAAGAUAAGAAGAAUGAUGGGUAAACCACGAAGAUGUUCACAGUCGUUUUUUGAGGAAGAAAGACGAGAAUUAGAAAGAAAAAGACAAAAAAUUCGAAUGUUACAACAAAGAAAAGCUGCAGAUAUUAAUAGUUUUAAAGAUUUACCACCAGAAAUACCAUUACAGUUGGUAAUUGGAACCAAAGUUACAGCAAGACUGAGAAAACCACAAGAUGGUUUAUUCACUGGAAGUAUUGAUGCUGUGGAUACUAGUAAUAAUACUUACCGAAUUACGUUUGAACGUGCUGGACUUGGAACGCAUAGUGUUCCAGAUUAUGAAGUAUUGUCAAAUGAACCACCAGAAACAAUAAGUGUUGCUUCAUUUGCACAAAAAUUUAGACCGCGACAUGUACAAUAUGUACCAUCUCCACCAUAUGCUAUGAAAUUAAUGUCACCACGUUUAAACAGCGAUCCUUUAAUAUCAAAUGCUUCUGUAUCAUUGCCAAAGAAAUCUCAUAUUGGUGGAACAAUGAAUGGUUAUCCUUUAAAAUUAUUAGAAUUUAUGGUUAAAGUUAAUAAAAUAUUAGCUGCUAAAAAAGUUAAAAUAAAGAAAUUAAAAGAAAUGAAUAGUGAAGCAGAAAAAAGACGAUCUUUUGGAGAACCGCUUCCGCCAGAUUUUGAAAGAAGAUAUGCAGGUAUUGUGGUUGAAUUGGAAAAAAUGAAUACUGCUUUGCAAGAUUUUCUUAAUGAUAUUCAAGAACUUUGUCAAGAAAUGGCUCCUGAACCUAGUGUAGCAGCCAUGUUAGCUCCUUCUCAUCUUCGUGAAAAAUGUAGACAGGAAGCUGCAGAUAUGGUUGCAAGAAAUAAUAUUAUUAAUGAUAAGGAACCUGGAAAAAUGUCUCAAUUAGUGACAGACUUAACAGCUCUUAUGCUUCAAGUAAAAAGUUUAUCUGAUUCGGAUCGUAACGCAUAUGAGUUGAAAGUGUUACAAGGCACGAUGGAACAGAUACGCGCAAAAUUAAGUCCACAAAAUCAACAGGUUUUUCAAAAUUGUGUUGAAAUACAUAUGCAACAUAUACAAUUAGGUCUGGGACAAAGAGGUGCACUGACGCCAUUUAUGGCUCAAAGAGCUUAGCAAAUAUGAAAGACAUAUCAUCAUUAAGGAGUACCUAUCAUACUAGAAUACAUAUGUGUGUUCUGUAUAUACAAUAAUUCUAUAAUUGUUUUUUAAGUAACAUUCUAUAAAUGAGUUUUAGAAUAAUGUGCUGUGCCGUUAAUUGCAUUAAACAUUUAAAAAUGUUCAUGUUUAAAAAAUUUACAUGUCAACUUUACGAUUUCUACAAUAAGAAAUUGAAGAUAAAUAAUAAUGGCUAUUGUAAAUAAAGCGUACAUUUUGCAGUGGCAGCUUUCAUUAAAUUUAUACAGAAAUUUGACAUAUUAUCGCAGUAGGAAUGAAUAACUUGUAAAAAAAGAGUUUAAUAUUUACUGCUUAUGAAUAAUUUCAAAAAUUAAUAUAUAAUUAAUACAUUAGUAUUUUGAAAAAUAAUUUUCAAUAACUGUAAAUUAGGUAUAUGCACAAAAAUUGCAUAACCAAUUGUAAAUACACUAUAAAUGAUAAAAAA